AUGCCUCAAGGCUUCGACAAGUGUAAAGAGCGGUCGGCGCAUAUCGAUGAGAUCCUAAACGGCCUGAAUCGCUACAAUCCCGAGACGACGACGAUAUUUCAAGAAUAUGUUACCCAGCAGUGUGAAGAGAAAUUCUUCGACACGUACGCAUGCCUUGCGCUGUUGAAAUUAUACCAAUUCAACCCUCAAUUAUUGCACCCAGAAACUGUCACCAACAUCCUGGUGAAAGCACUGACAGUCUUCCCAUCUCCAUCAUUCUCUCUGGCGCUGGCCUUACUCCCACCUUCAACCAUCCCCUACCAGCCUGGCAAUACUUCAAUACCCACCACAGACCUCACAGAGUCGAUACAAAAACUUACGAAUCUCAACACCCUCCUUGAAUCCGCGCAGUACGAUGCAUUUUGGUCGACACUGGAAUCAGACGACCUCUACGCAGAUUUGUAUGCUGAUGUGGCAGGAUUUGAAGAUCUAGUGAGAAUCAGAAUCGCAGGCGAGGUUGGCAAGACCUUCCGGCAAAUUGACCUGGGUGUGCUGAGUGGAUGGCUGGACCUUCGAGGAGACAGUUUGACCAAGUUCGCGCAAACGGCUUGUGGCUGGAAAGUUAACGGCUCUCAAGUCGACAUUCCAGCAAACGCAGAGAACGAGGCCAAGAGUGAGAUCAAGGGUGAGAGAGUCGGUGUCGACAUGUUCGGUAGGGUGUUCAGACGCGGCUAUGAGGCUCCUGCCUAG